AUGGCUCCCCGUGCGACAAAAUCAUCGACUGAGGUGUCCGAGCCUACCCGCAGGUCAUCAAGAAUAUCAGCACAGCCGAAAACUGAGCCUCAGACUGCUAAGCAGCCAGUGAAGAAAGCUGCCGCAAAGCCAAAUAAGAGAGCUGCCGAGACGGAGGAUGCGGCAGACGAAUCUCCCGCUGUGAAGAAGAGCAAGGCCGAGGAGGCGGAAGCGGAAGCGGAGGCGUCGGAUUCAGCAGAAGGAAAUGCUGUAAUCGAGUUAACCACAAUUGAAAUCGGGGAUUCUUUGCCAUCGUUGACCCUUAAGAACGAGAAAGGUGAAGAUGUUGACGUGGAUACUCUAGCCUCGGAAAAGGGGGUUAUCCUAUUUCUUGUACCGAAAGCUGAUACUCCUGGCUGCACCAACCAAGCCUGUGGUUUCCGCGAUAUAUAUCCGGAUUUCACGUCAUACAACUUCGAUGUUUAUUGCCUCAGCGCGGAUAGUCCUUCAGCACAAACUAAGUGGCAAACCAAGAAAAACCUGCCGUAUGCUCUUCUCUCGGAUCCGAAGAGGCAGCUCAUUAGUGCCCUCGGUGCCGGGGAAAGCGGAAAGACUAAGCGUAGCCAUUUCAUCUUCGAGAAAGGCGGAAAGCUCGUCGAGAGGAGGAUUCCAGUAAAACCCGCUGACAGCCCCAAGCUUGCGUUGGAAUUUGUCAAGAGUCUGGAAUCUGCAUGA